AUGAGUACAUCAUUAAAACCUACUCAAUUAACAAGUAUUAUUCAAAGAAAUAAUCAAAUGAAAAAUGGUUAUCAUAUGAGUACAGCACUAAAUAAAUUAGCACGAACACGUGUUGAAUUAAAUAAUGCUAAAAAAAUUAUUAUAAAAUUAGGUAGUUCCGUAGUAACAAAACCGGAUCGUAGCGGUUUAGCACUUGGUCGAUUAGCUGCUAUAGUAGAACAAAUUGCUGAAUUAUGUCAACAAGGUCGGCAAUGUCUUCUUGUUACUAGUGGAGCAAUAGCAUUAGGACGGCAUCAUCUUGAAACAGAUGAGAAAAAAAGUAGUCGAGGAGCUCGAGCAGCUAUUGGUAUGGCAGAGAUGGUUACAUUAUAUGAUCAUUUAUUUGAACAAUGUGAUCUUCGAACAGCUGCUAUGUUAUUGACACCUGUCGAUUUUGAUGAUGGUCAUCGACGAGCAUAUUGGCGUACAGCACUUCAAGAUUUAUUAAAUCAAGGGGUUGUACCAAUAAUUAAUACAAACGAUGCUGUUGCUUGGAAUAAAGAAACUUCUGCUGGUACAACAUGCACAGAUACAGCCCUGGCCCUUCAAGUACGUGACAAUGACAGUUUAGCUGCUCGUUUGGCAUGUGAAUUAAAAUCAGAUCUAUUGCUUUUAAUAUCUGAUGUAGAUGGUGUAUAUACUGCACCACCUGGUAGUCCUGGUGCUCGAUUUGUGGCCGAGUAUGAAGUAACGAAAAAUCCAGAAUAUGAUACUCACUCACCAUUAGUCAAUGGUGAAUUCCUGAAUUUUGGUGAAGCAUCUUCCGUCGGUACUGGGGGUAUGAAAAGUAAAAUUGCAUCAGCAGUUUGGGCUGUCAGACAAGGAACUUCAGUUGUCAUAAUCAGAGGUAGCAGAUUUAAUUGUAUUACUGAUGUCAUGAAUGGCAUGGAUGUUGGCACAUUUUUCACAUUAGAAGAAAAAAAUGAAGCGGAAAAUCAGCUUGAUAUUCGAGAAGAAACAAUUAAACAAAUUGCCACGAAAGCUCGUGAAGCCAGUAUACUACUGAACUCCUCUACACCUGAAGCUAGAGCAAAUGCAAUUGAUCAUUUAGCUGAUAAACUUUUAAAACACGAAGAUGAAAUUAUUCGUGAAAAUGAAAUUGAUAUAAAACAAGCUGAAGCAGCUGGUAUUUCAUCUAUCCUGUUGGCUAGACUGCAAUUAAGUCAUUCAAAGAUAAAAACAUUAAGUGAAGGACUUAGACAAAUUGCAACUGAAUCACGUAAACGACAUGGUCAUGUUAAUUGUGUAUUGUCUCGUACUAAAUUAGCAGACAAUUUAAUUUUGGAGAAAGUUACUGCACCUAUCGGUGUAUUAAUGGUGAUAUUUGAAUCGAGACCAGAUUGCUUACCACAGGUUGCUGCGCUUUCAAUCGCUACAGCCAAUGGUCUAUUAGCAAAACCCGGAUCUGAAGCCUUACAUACUGUUCGAGUACUUCAUAGACUUGUCGGUGAAGCUUUAGAAAUGGUCAAUCUACCAUCUGAAGCUGUUGGUCUACUUGAAGGACGUAAAGAUGUGGAUUAUGUUUUACAGGGUAUAGAUAAACAAUCUUUUGUUGAUUUAGUCAUUCCAAGAGGUAGUUCAAAAAUGAUUGAAAGUAUUCGUAGUGCAGCAAAUAAAGCCGAGACUGGUGUACCUGUCAUGGGUCAUGGGUCUGGUAUCUGUCACGUUUAUGUUGAUUCGGCAGCUGAUCCUGAAAAAGCUAUAAAAAUAGUUAUUGACUCAAAGUGUGAUUAUCCAUCAGCUUGCAAUGCAAUGGAAACUUUACUUGUGCAUAAAUCACAUGCUGAAUCAGGCUUAUUGGAAAGGUUAUGUAAUCAUUUACGAGAUCAUAAAGUGAAACUGUAUGCUGGACCAGGUAUGAUACGUUUAGGUCAAAAUUUAACAGAUGAAAUGAAACCAGCAAAGAAUUUAUCAUAUGAAUAUGGUGAUCUAGAAUGUACUGUAGAAUUAGUAGAAAGCGUAGAUGAAGCUAUCGAGUAUAUUGGAUCGUAUGGAAGUGCGCAUACUGAAUCGAUUGUAACGGAAGACAAAGCUACAGCCGAAAUAUUUCUUCAAAAAACAGACAGCGCAUGCGUUUUUCAUAAUGCAAGUACAAGAUUUGCUGAUGGUUACCGAUUUGGGUUAGGUGCUGAGGUUGGCAUAAACACAGGGAGAAUUCAUGCUCGCGGACCAGUUGGAGUUGAAGGACUAUUAACAACUAAAUGGAUUUUACAUGGAGAUGGACAAUGUGUUACUGAUUUUAGUUCAGGAAAAUUAAAUUACCUACAUGAAUCUUUGCCAAUUAAAUAAAGAAAAAUUAGCUUAUGCUUACUAUACAUGUUUAUAAUUUGUAGAGAAAGUCAACCAUUUUGUACUUUUAUUGAAUUUAUUAAGAGCUUUUCAUGAUAGCUCGUAUAAAAUGAAGUUUUGAUAUAAUAAAUCAAUGUUUUUCAA